UCGCCCAGGAUAAUGACCGCCAGAUUCAACUCAAAAGUAAGGAAAGUGACAGUUAUGUAAUGCUGUCCACCCACAAACAACGCAGACCUCGAAAAAAAAGAAGAGUUCUACAGACAACUACGGGCAAUAGUGGACAAUAUUCCAGUCGGUGACAUUAGAAUCCUAAUGAGAGACAUGAACGUCAAACUGGGACCAGACAACACAGGAAGAGAACUCAUUAUGGGUAGAGAAGUACUUGGAGAGAUGAACGAAAACGGAGAACUCUUCAAUGCCUUCUGUGCCUUCAAUGAACUAGUAAUUUGUGGUAGCGUAUACAAGCACAGGGAUAUCUUCACUGUAGUCAUAAGGAAGAAUGCGAAGACACAAAUCAACACUAGCGAAGAGACAAGCAUUGAAAGGCGCUGGAACAACCUGAAGGCAGGUGUGGAGUCGAAGUUGAAAGGGAAUUCCAGGCAGAAAGAAGAGACAGGACAAACAGUGGGUCACUACAGACACAUGGAGACUAAUAGAAGAGAUAAGGAUGGUGAAACAAAAGAUUAUCCAGUGCAUCGAUGAGCAGCAAUGCAAGCUACAAUACACUGAACAAAAGAGUAAAGAAAAGUGCCAAGGAAGGCAAAAGGCAAUAUUAUAAAGCUAUGACAAGUGAAGCAGAACAAGCUGCAGGCAAAGGAGACCUCGCCACACUCUACCAAACAACUAGGCACCUUUCGGGGGAAAGUUCGACACAAAUUAAGCCAGUGAAGGAUGACAAUGGAAAGUCAAUCACCAAAGAGGUGGAGCAAAGGAAACACUGGG